AUGUCCAGCUCCUUCGAAAAGUCCGUCAAGGGCGCAACCAAGAUCAAGAAUGCGCCCCCAAAAGCAAAGUACAUCGAGCAUCUUCUGAUUGCUACGCAUUCGGGAGAGGCUGGGGUCGGCGAGGUCUUUCGGGCGAUGCAUUACCGCCUAAGGGAUUCGACAUGGACCGUUGUGCUCAAGGGCCUCCUGACUGUCCACCUGAUGAUUCGCGAGGGCUCACAAGAAGUUACUCUCGCCUAUCUGUCGAAGCAUCGUAACAUGCUUGCUAUCAGCAGCUUCACGGAUGCGCAGACACAAGGCCGGAACAUUCGGCGCUACGCCACUUACCUCUCCGAACGAGCGCGCGCGUACCGCGAUACCAAAAUUGACUGGGCUCGGUCCGGAGAGGGGCGUCUGGAAAGGCUGAGCGUCGACAAAGGCCUCCUUCGCGAGACGGAAACGGUACUACAGCAAAUGUCCGCUCUCCUCAAGUGUGAUGUUUUGGACUCGGAAGGUGAAACUGACAUUACAAUCUCGAUCUUCAAGCUUUUGGUGCUGGAUCUACUAGCCCUGUUCCAGUGUCUCAACCAAGGUCUCAUCAACAUCCUCGGCCGCUUCUUUGAAAUGUCGAGAACCGAUGCCGAGCGUGCAAUGGAGAUUUACAAAAGCUUCUCCAAGUAUACCGACUACGUCGUACAAUACCUGUCCGUCGCGCGCCAAUAUGAGCACCGCACUGGUGUCCAGGUUCCCAAGCUCAGCCAUGCACCCGUUAAUCUCGGUCGACAAUUGCAAGAGUACCUGGACGAUUCUGACUUUGAGAUCCAUCGCCGGCAGUAUCUUGCUGAGCAAGACUUCAAGAAGGGCGGGAAGGGCAAGGAUGCGUUCGAUCUUCCCAAACCACCGCGAUCACCCGCAGGCCGAUCAGGCAGCGCGCAGAACUCCAAUAACCCAUUCCCUGCACCACCUAAGGAUGUGCCCAAGGCAGCAGUCAAGGGACCUGAUCCCGAUCUCAUUGACUUUUUCGGCUCUAUCGAGCAGAACCAGACGACUAUGCAGGUCAACACGCAGCCCAACGCGCCGGGCCAGAACAUGUUCCAGCCUCCUCAGCAGCAGCUCGAGCUUCAGCCCACUGGGUUCAUCAACCACGCGGCUAGCUUUCCUAUGGCCAACAAUCAAUUCCAGCAGCAGCAAAACAUGUUCCAGCAGCCGAUGCAGCAACCGAUGCAGCAGCAACAACCUGCACCUCUCCAGCCAAACUUUACCGGAGCCGGCUUUGGAGGGUUCACGCCUCAACCGCAGAACAACUUUCAACCCGGCUCUCUGGGGCCUAUUCCCCAGAACAUGGCUGCCAACUUUCAAAACCAGGAUGUUAUGCAGCAGCCUCAGCAGCAACCUCAGCAGCAGAUGCCUGGACAGUUGAUGCCCAUGCAGACUGGCACCACCAAUCCUUUUAGACAAUCGAUGAUGAUGGCGCAACCCACCGGCAUGCAAAACUACAUGAGCCAGCAACCUUUGCAGCAGCAGCAGCAGCAGCAGCAAUCCCAAUCCCAGCAGCCCCAGCAAACUGGUUUUGUCUCUCCAGGUCUGAACCGCCAGUCAACAAACCCCUUUGCCAAGUCCGUAUCCCCGCAGAAUAACAACUCGCCGUUCCAAUCGCAGGCUCCUGCUCCGCUGCAAGCCACGCCCACAGGAACGAACCCAUUUGCCCGUAACGUUCCUCAGCAGCAAGCACCUCCGAUGCCCGCCAUGCCCGGCCAGCAGCAGCAGCAGCAGCAGCCUGGUGCGCUCGCGCCCCAGCCGACCGGCGUUACCAACCCGUUCCGCCAGGGCGACUUUGUGAACCACGCGACGGGCCUGGGCUGGCAGCACAACCAGGCGCCCAUCGGUGGAGGCAUUGACCAAAUCCAGACGGUGCCAGUUUUUCCACGGCCGGCGCAGCAGUCUCCUUGGCAGCAAUAA